AUGUUUUUCUUGUCUGCCGAAGAACAUGGAGCAAGAAAUAUUUCAUAUGAAUGGAAAAUUGUUGGUGUACAGAAACCGUUUCUUAUGACAUUGGAUGAAACGGAAACAAAAAUCACUGACGGAAUGCACUUUCACGUGUUUAAAGCUGUCCAAGAGAAAUUAAAAUUUAGUUAUUCCAUUAUAAAACCAUUACCAAAACAUAUUGGAUAUCUAACAGAAAACGGCUCGUGGACUGGAUUAGUUGCAAAAAUAAUAAAUAAGGAUGCUGAUAUGGCCUUCAUUGCUUUAUUCCUCAACCCUAACCGUUUUGCAGUAGUGGAAUUUACUUCUUCAUUAGUUUUCCAGUCCUUUGGGUUUGUCAUCAAGAUUCCAGAAAACAUUCCAAAUUGGAUUUCAAUAAUAAAACCUUUCGGUUUGGAUAUUUGGAUGGCGAUUCUCUCAACGGUAUUCAUAUAUGGAUUAGUAUUGCAUAAAGUAGUCGAAAGGGAUUUCAUGACUGACGAAGUGGGAAUAUUUUGGCCACGAAGCCGUGUGUUUUGGAAUUUAUUUUGCACGUUUGUUUACCAAGGAAUUAACAUGGAUAGCGUGAAGAGAUUCAAAUCCAGAUUGUUGUAUUCAAUAUGGUUGCUAUCAGUUGUAGUGUUAAUGGGUAGUUAUAGUGGAACUUUAAUGUCUUUCAUGUCGUAUCCUUUAACCGAAUCCGUUCCAAAAACUUUUGAGGAACUUGCCAUUGCUGUCAGAAAUGGUGAAUAUUCUUGUGGUACUGUAGGAAAAAACGCUAUGUGGAGUUACAUUAAGAAUUCCAACAACAGGAGAGAUAAAAUUUUUAAAGAUCACAUCUUACGUCACAAUCAUUUCUUCUCUUUCUGGACAGCAAGCGAUAAAGUUAAAAAAGAACGUUUUGCUCUGAUAAUGAGUGAAUAUGGCGCAAAUAAACUGAUAGAAAAAGAACCGAACAAAUAUAUAAUUUCUGCAGAUGUUCUCGUCACAUUUGUUCAGUCUUAUGCUGUAAGAAAGGGAUUUCCGUUUAAGAAGAAAUUAAGUAAAACAAUAAUACAUUUAUUUGAAGCUGGAAUCGUCGAGAGAAAAGAUUAUGCAGAAUCAUCAAAGCUGCUGAAGUAUUCAGAAUUCCAAGCAUUACAAUUGCCCGACAUCAUUAGUCCAAUGAUAUUGCUCUCGAUUGGAUUUGUUCUAGCUUUAAUAUGCUUACUUUUAGAAUUAUUCUGUAUAAGAAUAAUUAAAAAUUAA